AUGUCUAAUAAAGUCGAAUUGGUCACGCAGCCCGCCAAAGAGGGCGAGACGUCUGCAAGAAAUGGGGCUUUGCAAAAACUACUGAAACUCGUGGAAGCCGAGGCAGGAGAUGGUCCUGAUGUUAAAGCGGGGUCUCCAUUGUUGGAUGAAGAGGGAUUUGAGAUUCCACAAGACAAAAUUCCAUUGGACGGUCAUUUUUCCACCGACGAAAUGAAGGAGUUGGUUAAGCUCACGCAAGAGGAGGGGAUGCUUCUGGAAAAUGUGGAAGUGAAGGUUUUGGAUACCAAUAAGGUUGGAGAUAAGAUCGAGAUUGUGGAGAAAAAUGACCAAAAAGAGGAGGAUGACAAAAAGGAUGAAAAGAAGGAUGAAAAGGAUAAUAAUAACAAGAGGUCAUAA